AAGCAUUGGCUCUGCGUCGGCUCUUGGGACGCGCCCCUCAUGGUCUCGCGCUGAAGGGCAGCUUCGGCGUAGAGGGGCGCACGCCGUUGGUGAGUCAUGGCCACCAACGGCGAGGAGGAUAGCCCCAAGUGGCUCUACGUGAGGAACCUGCCGGAUGAUGCAAAGAGCUACAUGUGGUUCAAGCAGUUCCACCUCCACGGAGACGUGGUGCGCGCGUCCUUCUUCGGCUGGAAGAAGGGGCAAGAGCGCUGGUGCUUAGCAGAGUGUGGCACGAAGUGGGAGGCCAUCUCUUUGAAGAAGGAGCUGGACGGCAAGGACCUCGGGGCACCGUCGCCUUUGUCCGUCAAGUGCAUCACGAGCAAGGAGAAGGACGAGCUGGUCGCCAAGCAGGGCGAGAAGGGCGAGACCGAGGAUGGAGAGAAGGAGAAGGAGAAGAGCAGAAGUGUGAGCAAGAAGUCCAAGCGCAGCCGCAAGCGCAGCAGCAGCCGCCGCAAGCGAUCACGCAGCGGCAGCAAGAGGAAGCGCAGCCGCUCCCGAAAACGCUCCCGCAGCCGCAGCAAGCGGAAGAAGAGCCGCAGCCGAAGUCGGGGUCGUAGGAGCAAGCGCCGCUCCCGCAGCAAGCGCAAGGACAGCAGUAGCCGGCGCAAGAAGAGUAAGAGCCGGCGCAGGAGGAGAAGCAGCAGCGGCAGCAGGAGCCGCAGCCGGAGUCGCCGCAAGGACAGAAAGAGGAAGAGGAGCAGCAGCAGUCGCAGCAAAAGCAGAAGCAAGAGCCGGCGGCGGCGAGAUAGCAGCGGCCGCAAGAAGAAGGACAAGGAGAAGGAGAAGGAGAAGGAAAAAGAGAAGGAGAAGGAGAAGGAUAAGAAGAGAAAGAAAAAGUCUUCGAGCAGCGAGAGCGACAGCUCGGACGACAAAAAGAAAAAGAAGGAGGAGAGCGAAGAUGAUGAGAAGAAGAGCGCGAAGAGCGACUCUGAUGACGACAAAGAAAAGGAUGACAAGGACGACGACUCGAAGUCCGAUGACGUGGAAGAAGUGAAGCCCGAGGAUGCGGGCAAAAAGCAAGAGGAGGAGGCCCGCAAGAAGGCUGCCAAGGCGGCGGAGGAGGCCAAAGAGGUGGAGGAGGCGGAGAAGCAGGCGGCGAAGGCGGCCCAGGCUGCGCGGGCGGCGGAAGCCAAGGAGGCCGCGAGGCAGGAGAAGCAAAAGGAGCUGAAAAAGGAGGCCGCGAGCGCCGCGAAGGCCGCCGCGGAGGCCUCUGCGGAGGCGGAGGACGCCGCCGUGGCCUGCAAGGCGAAGAAGGAGGAGUCGGAGCAGGCGGAGAAGUCGUCCAGCUCCAAGGCCACCAAGGCCAAGGAGCUAGAAGACAAGGCGCGCGUGAAGGAGGAAGAGGCGAAGAAGGCCGCAAAGGAGGCCGCGGAGGCCAAGUCGGAGGCCGCCAAAGCCCGCGACGCCGCGGAGGUGGCGGACUCCGAGUACCAGGAGGCGCUCUCCAUGCACCGGCUGCGGGUGACCACCGCCAAGCAGGCCCAAGCCACCUCCGACGCGUCGGAGAAGGCGCUGAAAGCCUUCGAGGCGGAGCACGGCCUCGCGAAGGCGGAAGAGAAGGCAGAGAAAAAGAGGAAGGAGCCGGCGAAGUCCGAGAAGGCGGACAAGGAGAAGAAGGAGAAGGAGGAUGCUGAGAAGGAGAAGCAGAAGAAGGCGGUCCUGACGCCGGCCUCGGCUGUACAGGAGGAAGAAGAGGCGAGCGGCGAGACCGACAAGGUCGAGGAGGAGGAUAGUGAAGAGGAAGAGGAGGAGGAGGAAAAGGAGGAGGAGAAGGAAGCAGAGACGAAGGAUGAUGACAAGGACGAGGAUGAGGAGAGCCCCACAGAGAAGGAGGAGGAGGAAGAGGAGGAAAAGAAGAAGAGCAGCAAGAGCUCCAAGGCCUCGGCGAAAAAGGCUGAGGAGGAGGAGGAGGAUGCCAGCGAGGAGGAUGAGGAGGAGGACGAAGAGGAGUCGGACUCCGAGUCCGCCUCGGAGUCCGGGUCCGAGUCCGAGGAGAAGAGCAAGAGCAAGAAGGCAAAAAAGAGCGAUAAGAAGGAGAAGGAAUCCAAAAGUAAAAAGGAGAAGUCCAAGAAGGAGAAGGAGAAGAAGUCGAAGGGCAAGAAGCGAAAAACGAGUGAAAGCGACUCCGAAGAGGAAAGUGACAGUGACGACAGCUAGGCGCUUCGGCACUUGGCGCUCAGUAGCCAGAAAUGAAAAUUUCCGUGCGGCAGUCCACUU